AUGGAGAGUUUCCCCCUGCUACCUGGGGGUGUACAUUCUGGAUCAGACAAUUACAGGGCUCCAAAAGAAACGCCUUUCUAUUGGGGGACACAGGGACAUGAUGAUGAGCUGUACAUUCAACAGGCUGUGGUCCUCAUCGAAGAUGCUGUACAUUAUCGAUCUAUCAACCACCGCAUGGACCCAAGAUCAAUACAACUUUACAGAUGGUACUACUCCAGGCUCUGUCAAUGGGGCCUGAAUGUGGUGAUAUUUGUCAUCCUGGUCCUGGCCUUCAUUGAGAGGCCCUCCUCCCUGUCUGUGACCUCUGACCUGCGUUCUAAACACACCCUCUGGGAACCCCCAUGUGGCCUCACCGAGGGCAUCGAGAUCAUCUGCCUACUCAUAUUCACGUUCGACCUCAUCGUUAAGAGUUACCUGAUAGGUCAUGAGGAGUUUUUGAAGUGUAAAUGGCUGGUGGCCUACAUGGUGGUCAUCUCAGUGUCUGUCAUUGACUGGACCUUAUCCUUGAGCAUGGCUUGUGAUGACACUAUGAGAAUCAGAAAACUUAUUCGGCCGUUCUACCUCCUUCAAAACUCGUCAUUGAUGAAGAAGACGUUGAAAUGCAUCAAAAGAACAAUACCAGAAAUAACAAGUGUGAUCUUACUAGUGGUUCUCCACCUGUGUGUCUUCACCAUGUUUGGAAUGCUGCUGUUUGAAAGGGGAGAGAACCCAGAGAAGAACAUGGAAUGGGAGUUUUAUUUCAAAAACUUUUCUCAGUCUCUUACAUCUCUUUUGGUUCUUCUCACAACCGCUAACAACCCUGACGUGAUGACGCCAGCUUACACUUUAAACAGAGGUUUCUCCGUCUUCUUCAUCCUCUUCAGUGGAUUUGGAACGUACUUCCUGAUGAACCUGCUGACUGCCAUCAUCUACAACCAGUUUAGAGGAUACUUAGUGAUGUCAAUCCAGACAUCCAUCCUGAGGAGGCAUUUGGGCAUCAGGGCAGCUUUUGAGCUGUUACACUGUCAAAGCCAGGAACCUACCUUUUCUGAGGAUGAGACCGUUGAGUGUGUUAUGGUCCAGACAGUCCUGAAGGUGAUGAGGAGAGUUCAGAUGAAAGGUUAUUACAGAGAUGCCAUCAUGAAGAAAGCGUCUCAGUCAUCCAGUGGAUACAUCCCCAGGGAGGCCUUCCAGAGACUUUUUGAUGAGCUGGACAAGGACAGGAUGAAAUACCAUCCUCCAUUGCCUGAGUACUCGUCUAAGUUCCUGCGGAAGGUUCAGUUUGUCUUCAGUCAGCAUUAUGUCACUGUGGUGGGGAAUGCUGUGGCCCUGGCCAAUGUUGUCUGCAUAUGUAUGAUCCUGGUGAUUGACUGUGAGAAGACUCUCUCUGAACGAGACAACUACUAUUUAGAGACUAUCAACUGUUUCUUCAUCCUUUACUACCUGCUGGAGAUGGUGCUGAAGAUGGUUGCAUUUGGCUGGACAGGAUAUGUGUCCUAUGGGAGUAACAUCUUUGAUGGAUCUCUCACAGCUCUUUUACUGGGCCUACAGAUAUCCAUAUUUGCUACUUACAGUCUACCAUUUUCCUAUUGGAACCCAGCCCAUGGAGGUCUGACGUCACUCUGGGAGAUGGUCCGUCUGGUCAACAUGCUGAGUAUAUUCCGCUUCCUCAGGAUCAUCCCCAACAUCAAGCUCAUGGCUCUGGUUGCCAGCACCAUGGUUGACCUCGUGAAAAACCUCAGAGCCUUUGCCGGUAUAUUAGUGGUGGUUUAUUAUGUAUUUGCUGUGCUUGGGGUCUGGUUGUUCAGAGGCGCUAUCAUAGCACCUGCAACUAACCUGAGCACUACCGUCGACCCCAGAAUCAUGAAAAUGACUGUAAACAAAACUCUACAAUGUGGUUCUUAUGAACAGCUUGGCUACUGGUCAAACAACUUUGACGACUUUGCAUCUGCUCUGGUUCUCCUAUACAACAUCAUGAUGAUGAACAACUGGAAUGUCUUUCUGGAUGCAUACGCCAGAUACACCACUGAGUGGUCCAAGCUCUACUUCAUAGCCUGGUGGUUGACCUCCUCUGUCAUGUGGGUCAACCUGUUUAUAGCUCUGAUCCUGGAGAACUUCAUCUACAAGUGGGACAGAAACCAUGGAUGCUCAAACCGUGAUAUGGAGAGGACAGACUUGGAGACUACCAUCCAGCUGAUGUUCAGACAACAGAUAGCAGAGCCUACUGAAGAGGAAGUUGUCACAAAACUGCAUGCCCACCAACACCUCCAGCACCUAACUAUGUCCAUGUCACUGGAUAAAAUAUAGAUAUUGUGUGUAAUGGAAGCGGGGUUCCCAGUUAUUGCUUUAUUCGUGGUUCUAUAAAUGAACUUUUUCAUUGUUUCCUGAUGGGAUCAAGAGACUGUUUUACAACUCGACUGCUUCUUUCACUGAGUCUGAUAGACAAUAUUGUCCGAUAUAACGUCACCUGUUGAGGGCUUUAAGUUAUACAUUCUGCAUAAAGGGUAUAUAAUAAACUCCUAAGACAACGAUUUUCUUUGUGCAGUUCGAGGAGUUCAAAGGACAAGACAGGUACCAUCUGAAUGUUUUUCACCUGACAAGACGGAAGAUGAAAAUAGCUGAUGA